AAACAAAACAAAACAAAAACCUUUUCUUCAUCCUCUCUUCUUUCUGUAUUUCAGCCUGGGGAGGAGCUUAUGCCAAAGGAUGCCAGUGGGAAAGUUAUUUUAGAGACAGUGGACCUGCGUGACACAUGGGAGGCUCUGGAGAAGUGUAAGGAUGCAGGUCUGACCAAGUCCAUUGGCGUGUCCAACUUCAAUCACAAGCAGCUGGAGAUGAUCCUGCACAAGCCAGGGCUCAAGUACAAGCCUGUCUGCAACCAGGUGGAAUGUCACCCGUACCUCAACCAGAGCAAACUCCUGGAAUUCUGCAAGUCCAAGGACAUUGUUCUUGUUGCCUACAGUGCCCUGGGGUCCCAAAAAGACCCAAACUGGGUGGAAAAGGAUAGCCCCGUUCUCUUGGAGGAGCCGAUCUUACAUGCCAUUGCCAAGAAACACAAUAGAAACCCAGGCCAGGUGGCCCUGCGCUAUCAGCUUCAGCGGGGGGUGGUGGUCCUGGCCAAGAGCUUCAAUGAGAAGAGAAUCAAGGAGAACUUCCAGGUUUUUGACUUUGAUUUGACUCCAGAAGACAUGAAAGCAAUUGACGGCCUCAACAGAAAUUUCCGACUUUUUAAAUUGCCAUUUGCUGUUGAUCACCCUUAUUAUCCGUUUUCUGAAGAAUAUUGACCGUGAACUACCCACCAUGAGUUCUACCAAUCUCUUCCUUCCGGGAUGCGGAGAGGAUUUCUGUGCUUGGUGGAGGUGAUUAAAAGCAUUUCUGUAGAUUCAGGCUUCUUGCCUUUCUUCUUUAAAUACAAUUUCUUAAAAAACAAUUUAUAAAAUAAUAAAGACUUUGAAAUAAU